UGUGUUGUUGUUGUUGUUGUUGUGGUUGGUAAAGUGGAAUAGGUUAUGUGUUAAUUAGAUAAAUACGUAAUAGUUAUUUAUAACUAAGUAAAUAAAAUUUAUAAUUAAAGCAAUUAAUUAUAUGUAAGUAUAAUCUCUUAAUUAUCAUUGAUAAGAAUAAAUUAAUUGAUAGUUAAAUUAUUACAUAAUAAAAUUGUAAACUUUCUCUUUGACAGUUGUUUUGUUUUUUUUUUUUUUCAAUUAAACGUAUCAAGUAAAAAUUUAAUUUGUUGUUGAUGGUUUAGCUAAACAUUUAAAUUAUCAUUUUAUCAAAAUGUUAAAAAAUCAGUUAAGAACAAGAGAAAUUAAUAAUUGUGUACAAAGAUGUCAAAAUAAAUUAUUCAAAUCAUUCGCGCUUUUUGUGUGUUGGCCGCCAUGAUGUUCUCUCUCCCCCCAUCAACCAGCUGUAUAAACUCAAUUUUAAAUUAAAAUUGAAACAAAUUAAUUAAUAAAAUAAAUUCAUUAAAUAAUGCAAUAAAAUUUAAUAAAUAUAAGCAAUAAAAUAAGUAUGUUUUUCUAAUUAAAAUAACAAUUUUAAAGACAGCCAAUCAAAAAAAAAAAAUGGCACUUUUGACAUUUAGUUGCAUUUUUGACUAAUUAAUAUAAAUAGAUGGCGUUUUUGACAUCCGGUAGUAUUUUUGAUUAACGUAGUAAUAAAGCGUCAUUGUACGUGUGAACCUCGUUCGUAGCUGUGCUCAAGCAGUGGUGUGGGCAUCGGAAAAAGUGUGUGUAUUGUGAGUGAAGACGUGAAAUAAGUGAAAUUUUUAGUUGUGUAUAUAUAACAUAAUAAAUGGCGGCUGACGAAAAAUGGUACUUUACAAAAGAACAAUUAGCAAAUACCCCAAGUCGAAAAAACGGAAUAGAUGCAGAUAAGGAAUUAAGUUAUCGUCAACAAGCUGCAAAUUUUAUUCAAGAUAUGGGACAACGAUUACAAGUUACGCAAUUAUGCAUAAACACAGCAAUUGUUUACAUGCAUAGAUUUUAUGUGUUUCAUUCGUUAUCACAAUUUCAUAGAAAUGCAAUUGCUUCAGCAGCAUUAUUUUUGGCUGCUAAAGUUGAAGAACAACCUAGGAAACUUGAGCAUGUUAUUAAAUGUGCACAUAUGUGUCUUCAACGACAUCCAGAGUCAGUUGCAAUUGAUACAAAGUCUGAGCAAUACCUUGAGCAAGCUCAAGACUUGGUUUUCAAUGAAAAUGUGUUGCUCCAAACACUGGGUUUUGAUGUUGCCAUUGAUCAUCCUCAUACUCACGUUGUUCGAUGUUGUCAUCUAGUAAAAGCGAGCAGGGACUUGUCUCAAACUUCAUACUUCAUGGCGUCUAACAGCCUGCAUCUAACGACCAUGUGUCUGCAAUAUAAGCCAACAGUUGUUGCCUGUUUUUGCAUUCAUCUAGCCUGCAAAUGGUCAAAUUGGGAGAUUCCACAAAGCAAUGAGGGAAAACACUGGUUUUGGUAUGUAGAUAGGACUGUAACAACUGAACUUUUGGCUCAAUUAACUGCUGAAUUUCUUCAUAUAUUUGAUAAAUGUCCAUCACGUUUGAAGAAAAAAAUUAUGAGUGCAUCAGAAAAACAAAGUCCAACAAUGCAUAAUCCAAGUUUAGCUAAUUCACCAUUUGAUAUUGAACCACGUAAGGUUAAUUCACCAGCACCAGAUGGUUUAUCAUUUCAAUCACAAAAAAUAUAUCCAUCUGAUUCAAAGGAUGAUAAUAAAAAAUCACAAGGUCGACCACAACCAAGUGAUUAUCGUGAUUAUCGUGAAAAGAAAGAACGUGAACGUUUAGAACGUGAAAAAUUAGCUAAUAGUGGAUUUGUACCUGGUCAUUCAUCUCAAGAUGUACAAAAACAUCAUUCUCAUCAUCACAAACAACAAUCAAGUUCAUCUAUGAGUACAAGUGGUGCAAUGAGUAGUAGUCAACAAGGAAAACAACAAGUUUUAUCAAAUCAAAAAACAAAUGUUCAUCAUAAUCAUCAUCAUAGACCAGAACAAAAACUACAACAACAACAACCACAACAACAGCAACAGCAGCAACAACAAUCAUCGUCUCAAAGACAUAGUUCAAGUACAAAUAGUAAUUCACAAUCACGACAACGAUUACCACCAGGAUAUCCUCAUAGUCAUGGUCAACAGUCUAUCCAAGUUGGUGGUAGUCAUUCUAAGGAUACUACUAGUACAUCAACUACUGAUUCUGCUUCAGCAUUGCCUGAUUUAUCAUCACAUAAUAUUCAUCAAGAUUCAAAUCAUAUUUCGAGUCAUCAUAUUGAUAAUAUUGGCAAUAAUAAUAGUAGCAAUACUACAACUAAUACUUCUUCUAGCACAACUACAAAUAUGAGCAAUAGACUUGUUAAUAAUAAUCAUAAUCCUCAUAAUAAUCGUGGUCAACAACAUGAUAAACGUGGAUAUGAUCCAAGAAAUAAAAUGCCUGAACAUAGAAAAGAUGAUUCAUCUAAAAAUUAUGGUAAAUUCAAUGAUCCAGUACGUCAAGAUAGACAACAACGUAAGUUUGAAUCAUCAAAUGAUCAACAAAGAGUUGAAGAAGUACGUAAACUCAUUGAAAAACCAGUACCUCAUACUAAACCACGUGCUGAAAUACAAAAAGAAGAAUAUAUUGCAUCUAUGCUCAAACAAUCACAUAAUCCAUCAAAAUAUCAAGAUAAAAUGUCAACAGGACAUAGUACAAGUGGUCGUAAUCAACCAUUUCCACCUCAUGAAUUUUCUAAAAUGCCUAAUACAUCAAAACCUCAUCAACAACAACAGCAACAGCAACAACAACAAAUGCCAAACAUAAAUCAAAUGCUUCAACAUAAUUCUCAACAACAUUAUCACAGUGGUGCACGAGUUUUGAAAGACAUUAAAAAUGGAAAUUCAAAUAGUUCAUCUGGUUCUGGUAAUAAUGUUGAUGAUCCAAAAUCAGAAAAACGACCAAGGCCUGAAGAAACAGUAACACAGUUACAACAAUCAGUACCAACAAAACAAAAAUCAUUAUUUAGUCCAGAAAAAGAAUCACCAAAUCGUGUUGAUAAUUCACAUUCACAACGUAAUAAAUUAAAUAGACAAAAAACACCACCAAUAGUACCUGUUAAAGCAAUUAAACAAGAAAGAUAUCCUGAUUUACCAGUAAUAUCUGGAAAUUUAUCAUUUGAUAAUUCACCAAGUUCAUUAGAAAGUCAACUAACUUCUCAAAUGUCUGUUGGGCAAGUAUCUAAACGAAUUAAAACAUCAUUGUCAUCAUCAAAUCUUUGUGAUAUAAAUCAACAACAACAACAACAACACCACCAUCAACAAUCACAACAACAACAACAUCAACAACCACAAUUACAACAACAACAGCAUCAACAACAGCAACAACAACAACAACCACAAAUGAAGAUUAAAACAGAAGAUAUGUCCAGUUAUGAUUCUAUGAAAUUUAUGAAUCGUGUACCAGAUUUAAUACAACCAAUUAGAGAUAAUUCAAGUUCAACAAAUAGUAGAAAUAAUUCAUUUAAUAAUGAAUUAAAACCACUAGAACUUAUAAGACCAUUUGAACCAGAUAGUACUGAAACACGUCAUUUAAUGACAAAUGGGCUUGAUACAUUAACAAGUAUUAAACAUGAAAAUAGUUAUGAUCGUAUGUCAUUUGAUAGUAAAUUAGAUAAUACAAUGAUGAAAAGUGAAUAUUUAAGUCCAAUGAAAUCAGCACAAAGUAUAAGUGCACUUUUACAAGAACCACUUGCAACAAUGCCAUCACUAUUAGAUUCAGUUGGUUCUGAGACAUAUACACUUAGUCAAGAACUCAGUCAACAAAGUAAUCUUAGUGAUAAUAGUAAUAGUAAUAACAAAAGCAAUAAAUUAAAUGAUUAUCAUCAUAUAUCACAAACGUCAAUUGAUCAUCAUCAUCAAACUGAUCAACACCAUCAUCAACAACAUCAACAACAACAUCAUCAACAACAACAACAACAAAAAUUAAUAAAAGAUGAACCAUUUGUAACGAAUAUUGCUACAGCAUCAGCUCCUCCAUCAACAGUUGAUAUGACUUCACUUUUAUCACAACCAUAUAAUGAUCCACCAUUACCAGUUGUAACUGUAAAUAAUACAACAUCUGUUAGUGGUAAUGGUAAUACAGAAUUAAUAAUAAAACAUAAAUCUGAUCAUCAUAAAAGUGAAAAGAAAAAGAAGAAAGAAAAACAUAAGCACAAAGAUAAAAGUAAAGAAAAACAUAAACAUAAACACAAAGAAAAACAUAGAGAUAAUACAACAGCAACAACAGUUGCACCAUCAGCAACUGUAACAACAGCUCCAAUUAAAAUAACAAUUCCAAAAGAUAAAAUUAAUUUAAAUAAUGAUACAUCAGUUGGUGGAUUAGAUAAAAAAGGUCAAUCAACAUCAUCAAUUGGUAAUUCAUUACAAUCACAAGGUAGUGGAAUUAAAUUAAAAAUACCAAGAGAUAAAUUAAAAGCAUCAGAACCAAUACAAGCACCAUUAAGGCUUAAAAUAAGAACUGGACAAUCUGGCAUUAGUGAAAUACCUGAUUCACGUAAACGUGAAAGAGACAGAGAUUCAAUUGAAAGUUUACCUGUUAGUAAAAAACCAGCAAAUACAGGUGGUGGUUAUCAAAAUUAUCCUGGACAAGUACAGCAACAACAACAACAACAACAGCAAUUACACAAUCAACAAUUACAACAACAACAACAACACCAACAAAUACAACAACAACAACAGCAAAGGCCAAUUGAACGACAAAAUGGACGUCACCACUCGUCAAGUAAUAAGGAUAAACAUUCAUCAAGGGAGCACAAGAGCUCGAGUAAAUUGUCGCAGUCACAACAAUCACAUGCAACGUAGUAUCAGGCUAUAAGGACACUUAUAUGCGAUUAGGAAAAAAUUUUUAUUAUUAAUAUUAUUAUUUUUUUAUUCAUUAUAUAUAUAUAUGCAUAUAUAUGUAUCUUAAUAAUUCAUUAAUUUUUUUUUUAAUUAUUUAAAUAAUAAAUGAGUAGGGCGAGAAGAUAACACGUUGUAAAUGAGAGUGUUUGACUGACGUUAAAAGACGUAUUUAACUUGAAUAACAAAGUUUUAUAUUAAAUAUAUAUAUAUUAUAUGAAAAAGGAAAUCGAGAUGUUUAUAAAUAAUAAUUAAUUCAAAUACAAAUUUAAUAAAAAAUAAUUAAUAUAAUAUAAAACAAAAUUUAAAAAAAUGUUUUUGAUUUAAUAUUCUCGUCUUCCUUUUUCUUUCGAAAUAAUAAAAUCGUAAUCGAAAUGAUAUGAAAAAGAAAAAUUAAACAAAUUGAAAAAAAAAGAUAAAACGUUAAUUAAUGGUACUCAGGUGAAAUUUUAGGCUUUCAUUUAAUUGUUUUCUUUUAAUGAUGAAUAUUUGUUUCAUUAAUUUAUUACAACUAUUAUUUUUUACAUGAGAAUAAUGUAGAGCGGGAUUAACAAUUCAGUAUGAAUGUGUUGUAUGAAAGUGUGAAAAACAAAAAUAUGAAAAAAAAAAAAAUAUUUAUUUAUCAAUCGACGUAUUAAAAAUUUCUGAUUUGUUAUUUGUAAAUAGUUAGAAUAAUCAUGAUAAUAAUUGUCCCGGCUCUGCCUAAUUCUCUUACUCAAUUGUAACGAGAUAAUAAAAUAUCUCUGGAUUGUGUAUUAACAAAUAGUUUUAAUUAACACAUUUAUGAUAUACAUCAUACUAGUAUUAAAACAAAAAGAAAAUUAAAUAAAAAAAAAAACGAUAAAUAGUUGAAAAAAAAAAAGAAAAAAAAG